UAUCCAGACGUUUAGUCACGUAGUGUGGCGACGAACGCGUGGUAGCUGACGCGUGUGGAGCGAUUGUGAUAGGUUGACAUUGACCAGGGGUGGCCAGACGCGAGACACACCAGCGCGCGGAGCUUGCCCCGUCCGGGGAGCCCCCCCCAAACCUGCGGUCCAUCAUGAAGUUCCAGUAUAAGGAAGACCAUCCCUUCGAGUAUCGGAAAAAGGAAGGUGAAAAGAUUAGGAAGAAAUACCCGGACCGGGUGCCGGUCAUCGUGGAAAAGGCUCCCAAAGCCAGGGUCCCUGAUCUGGACAAGAGGAAGUACCUUGUGCCCUCUGACCUCACCGUUGGCCAGUUCUACUUCUUAAUCCGGAAGAGGAUCCACCUGAGACCUGAGGACGCCUUAUUCUUCUUUGUCAACAACACUAUCCCUCCCACGAGUGCUACCAUGGGCCAGCUGUAUGAGGACAACCACGAGGAAGACUAUUUUCUGUAUGUGGCCUACAGUGAUGAAAGUGUCUAUGGAAAAUGAGGCAGAAGCCCAGCAGAUGGGAGAGCCUGGACUUGGGGGUAGGGGUGGGGUGCGUGUGGGACUUGGGGAACCAGAGGGAGGGCUCCCAACCAUGGAAGAGACGCAAGGUGAAGACCUCGGAAAACAUCAUCCCACACACACUGUCGUCUUUUUUUUCACAAGCUCCAUUGUUAGUUUUCUUUGCUUCCUCGGCCCAGGAAGAACUUGGAUUGGAUUGGCUGUCAGAGCCAGAUGGGGACGACAUCGUUCACAGCCUUGCUGGCUGUGAGUUUUCAUGCAGUUUCAUCAGAGGGUUGGGAGGAGGGAAGGUGGCCACUAGAGAAGAAUACAGUUCAGCAGCAACUCCUGUCUCUUUGGGCAGAGGUUUGAUUUUUGGCAUUUGCACAAGCCACAUAGGGAAAGGGGGAAAAUGCUUUAGGAGCUGUAGGGGACCAUACUAAGGGACCAAAAAAAAAAAAUACUGUCAUUGAAGCGUUGUGACCCCUGACC